CAUCUGUAGAAGUUGACCAAUCACAGAACAGAAGAUAUCUAUCUUUAUUCCAUACGUACGACAGCGGACCCAAUGUCUAAAUUUUUGCCCUCGUCGUACAGCUGAAUCUUUUACAUUAUACAAGUAUUGUUAGUUAAAAAAAGCAUCGAUGUUAUAGAUAAUCAAAGUGGUUGUGAAAUAGUGAACCCUGUCUGUGAAGAUCGGAGACAAUAACCUGUGCCAAUAGCACAGAACGUGAGUCAGCAUGGAGGAGAAUGUAGAUAGCCAGAUGGAGACUGAUGUGUCCUCCACUACCCAGGACAUACUGCCUGCAGAGAUGCCCGGGUCCACCACCACCACAGUGGCUGAAACUAUUGUGGAUAUUAUAGAGCUCAAGGAUGAUGAUCAAGAUGAGAGUAUUGACUCAAACACACCUGAAUCAAAGCAGCCUGUGGGAAAAACAACACCUACUAAAUGUCCUACUGAAGAACGAAUCCAGAGGACCCCCGUAAAAGACACCCUACCUGUGUCUGUAAAAACCCCUGAAAAAAAUAUAAGAACACCAAUAAAAAUAACGCAAGACCCAGUACUACAGCCAGUAGAUACGGGUUUGUCUAAAAGCAAUAAGGAUUUAGAAGAAUCAUCAAUAAUAAUAGAUAGUACAGCAAUAAAUACUGUUCAAACAGUUAAGACACCAGAGAAGAUUAAAACAGUUGUUGAAAAUAUUCAAAAUAGUGGAGAAAUAAAGACGAAGACACCUGAAAAAAUUCAAACUACUCCAGAAAUAGUUCAAACAGUUGAGAAGGUGAAAUCUCCAGAAAAGAAACAAAAGUCUCCAGAAAAAGUUCCUGAAUCUUUUAAUAAAGUUGAGUCUGAAAAUGAAACUGAUGCCAACAUGUCCAGCCAACAUGAGGCACCAGCGGAGAGUGGUGAUCAUGAAAAUGAUGACAGGGACAAAGAUGAAGUGGUGGUGUUUGUUCCUAUUGAUGUGCGGAGCGAGACAAUCUCCAAUGACUCACAAGAGACACUAGCAUCGGUCUCAGAAACAGCUUCAGAGAAAGACCACAAUAAAAGCAUUAGCCGGGAACUGAAGUCUCUUAUAGCUUCAGCUAAAGAAUCUAAAAUUAUUAGCGAAUGCACUCAGCUAACAACUAAAACAAGGAAGUCAAGGCAACUGUUAGAUAGUUCAAACUCAAGUUUGAACACUUCUGUAAAUGCUGAUAAGAUUCAGGGCCACAGGAGAGAGAGUUGCAACUCACAGAAGAGUAGCUGUAGUGAAAAAUCUGAAAAGGCUAACCUUAAAAGAUCCAUGAGGUCUCAGAACCCUGAAUUUGUGACUAAAAACAAGCAGUUUCUUAACACGGUAAAUGCUAAACACUCUAAGGAAGAGGCUGACACUGAGGAGCCUUCAGAGGACUCCAAGAAAAAAGACUCCCUGAAUGACAGUGCACCGAGUACUCCGAAAAAGAAAAAGAUGGAAGAAAAACAGCCUCCCCCACUGCCUCCAGUGCUGAACUCCAACAAGUUGCGGUCAGACCCGUACUGCUGGCGCUGCCACUGGAUCGAGGAUGACCAGGACGAGAAGAACCCGCCAGCCAAGUGCACAGUGUGCCCCAGAACCUUCCACUUCAAGUGCCUGUCGGGUCCAGAGAGAACUAAACUCAGCCUUGAGAAGAACUGGGUGUGUCCAAAAUGCAUAACCAUUUUACACGCUGAGAGCUCUGAAACGCGAUCGCCAGUCAUGAAGAAGGUAAAACCAGGAAUGCUCUGUGACCUCCUCAAAUACGCCUUGAAGAGAAUGACUGAACUCAAUGGGGUGGAGCCAUUCCUGACCCCCGUGGACCGGACCACCUUCCCAGACUAUGACAAAUAUGUCGUUCACGCGGUGGACCUGCAGCUGGUGCGGGACAGCAUCGCGGCGGGCGUGUACGGCAGCACCGAGGCCUUCGUGUCCGACGCGCAGUGGAUCCUGCACAAUAGCAUCAUAUUUAACACUCUGCAAUCAAAACUCACAGCCGCUGCGCGCGCGCUAGUCCGCUGCUGCCGCGCGGAGAUGAGCGAGAUCGAGGCGUGUCCGGAGUGCUACGCGGGCGCGCACAGCCGCCGCCCCACCUGGUUCACCGACGUGUGCUCUACCCCUCAUGUGCUGCUGUGGGCUAAGCUGAAAGGUUUCCCCUACUGGCCAGCCAAGGGCAUGUCGACCAACAGCUCGGGCAUGGUGGACGUGCGGUUCUUCGGCGCGCACGACCGCGCCUGGGUGCCGGCCCGGGACUGCUUCCUCUACUCAGAGAAGGACCCGAACAACUUCAGGACGAAGCGGCAGGAUAUAUUGGAUAGUAUGCAGGAAGCGGAGCAGCACAUUCGCAACAUCUCCAGAAAGUUCGGCAAGUUCGUGUACCCUGCCUUCAAGGUGCAGUUCGAGCCGGGGAAUCUGAAUGAACAACUCAAAAUUAUGAUCCCGAGCUACGAGCCCGAGUGCCCGUCGCCCACGCAAGCACUCAAAAAGAAGCCGCAGAGCUCCCCCUCCCCCGCGCGCCCGCGCCCCGCCGCCAAGACACGCAAGGACUCGCACAGGACUGACGGAAGGAUUCCCAUAUACACGAUCAAAAGAGAAAAAAACGAAGACGAUGCCGCAGAAAAUAAAACAUCUAAUGGAACAGAAAAACCUGCGGAGGCAACGAAAGAAGAUGAAAAAAGUGUCAAAAAGAUGGAAGUGGACAGCACAGAGAAGGAUAACAAAGCGGAUCCGGAAGUGACAAUAGUUCUCCGCAAGCGUCGCCGGUCGGCGCUAGAGGGCGCCACCACCGCCGCGCCCGCGCCCGCGCCCGCCUCCGAGAAACGGAAACGAGUGUCCAGCACCGGAGCUGCCACUGAAACAAGCAAGACUGAACCCAACCAGAAAGAUAACAAAGCUGAUACUCAUAAAAAAGAAGCGAAAAAAGUUGUAGAUAUCCGUAAGAGCGAAGACAAACCAGCGGCGUCGCCAAAACCACAGAAAGACACAGAUAAAGUUGACAAAACAGUUACUACUCCGAGACAAACUCGAGCUUCUACCCCCGCGUCCACGUCUAAACCAGCUAAUAAACAAACGCCUAAAGUAAAUACUCCAAAAGAACCCAACAAACAGACUCCUAAAGUCAACACUCCUAAAGAAGCGGAUAAGGUGAAGAAAGCUAAAACGGCACAAAGAGACAGUCCGACCAGCGACCCAAACAAACCAGUACAGUACAGUGUUAUAGUCAAAGCUAAAAAGCCAGGCACCCCAACGCCUAAGAAUGACAAACCUGUAGCUAAAAAGAACGAUGCUAAUACUAGCACCAACAAAGAUAAGUCUAAAGAUGAUGCUAACAAAUCCAUCACAGACAGAAACACCUCUACUCCUAAAGCGAAAACGUCCAAGUCUUUGAAAGACAGCAUCGUAUUCGACGAUGACGACACAAGCCUAGCCGUUUUAGCCAAAAAGAACGACCCCUGCUUCCCCACUAUUACCAACGUCCGCAGCUUAUCGCAAACAGACAUGUCAAAGACGAAGUCACCGGUCAGAGAGGCGACCUCCAACUCUUGCAUAUUCAUACCUACCAGUACGGAUAGCGUGAGUACGAUGAAGGAUGCUGUAGCCAAGCUGCAGAAACUACGCAGUAAUGCGGAGCCUCCGAUAGUCGGCCGUGUAGGUGUGCGAGCAUUCGCCAGAAUGACGUCACCACCCGCCGCCAAAGAAAAACCCACCGACGCUGACAAAGUCGAGGUCGAAGUGAAAGCGGAACCAAUGGACUUCGAAGACGCGGACCGUCAAACUGAAAAGCUAAACUUGUUGAACACAAUGCGCUUACGGCCCGUGAACCCUCAGCAGGUCACCAACCUGCGUGAGGUGCGGAUCAACAAGGUCGUGGCGGGUCCAUCAGUUCCUUGCAUCCGCAAGCCGGCGGCGCAAGUCAAGGCGCCCGAGAUCCGGCCGAAGGCGCGCAAGACGUUCCCUCAGCCGCAGAAGAGUGGAGAAGGGCGGUCGGAGCUGAACAGUAAGAACUCGAUGGUGUACAUCCCGAUCCAGCCGCCGCAGCAGGCGCCGCCCGCGCGCCCGCCGCCCCGCGCCGCCGCGCCGGCCAACGGGCCCGCGCCGCCCGCGCUGCGCCCGCAGAUGUCCGUCAACUCCGCUGUGGCUAGCUGUUCAAACUCGAUGGUAAACACAGUGACGACCCCCGUCAUGACGGUCGUGACUCCUUCAUCUGUGACCAGCAACUCUUCGUCUGUGCCCACUCUGACCCAGAUGCCCACUAUUUCCCAAAUGGGGCAACUUGCGCAGUUAGGGCCUUUGGGGCAAUUAGGUCAAUUGGGGCAACUUGGUCAAGUGGGGCAACUGGGUCAAGUGGGUCCGCUGGGGCAAGUCGGUGGUGUCCCCACUACAGUCCACACGGUUCCUCUGAUCACGAGCGUCAAUGGACAGUGGACCUUCAGUCUGCAACCCAUGAUGUCUGUGGGUGGUGUGGAACGGCCACCGACCCCGCCGCUAGUGAACGGCGCCCCGGAGCCGGUGACCGUAUCGUCGAGCUCGUCGCAACCCGUUUCGCCGCCGACACUUACCUCUGUCACCGUGCCGGCCAAUAAACCUAACAACGACACACAACCGGGAGAGCCCCCCAGAUUGCAGCAGAAGCCCACCCUGGCGACGCCGCUAGACGGCGGGCCGGCCGGGGAGCCCCCAGCCCCCGCCGCCGCCGGGCCCGUGACUGCGCUGCUCAACCAGAACGCUAAUAAGAUAGCGGACUUCUUCCGCGCCAUGCUGCAAGACACCAUCGAGAAGGUGGACGCGCCGGCGGCCCAGCUGGCGGCGCUGCGGCUGCAGCUGGAGCAGCUGCAGUGGCGCCACCAGCAGCAGCUGCACGAGCAGCAACACAACCACCAGCUGGUGCUAGUAGAGAUGCGCACGACGUUCGAGAAGGAGCGCGCGCGGCUCACGGAGCAGGCGCGGCGGCACGCGCAGGCCGAGACCAGCGCCGCCGUCAAGCACGCCAAGUCCAGGCAGUGGUGCGCAAACUGCCAGCAAGAGGCGCAGUUCUACUGCUGCUGGAACACGUCGUACUGCGACUACCCGUGCCAGCGCGCGCACUGGCCGCAGCACUUCUACGUGUGCACGCAGCCCAGGACGCACGAUAACAACAAUGGUAACAAAGACAACAGCGUGGACCUGACUGACGACAACAUGCCCGACAACCCGCCCCCAGUGUUGCAGAAGGUGGGGUCCUCGACGGUGGUGACGGCGGGCGGCAAGCCGGGGCCGCCGCGGCUGUGCGCGCCGCCCGCGCCCGCCGCCGGGAAACCCUCUAUUAUAGUAAGUAUGGUCGAGGACAAGGGCGGCAACCCGCUGGUGAAGUGCGUGGGCACGUACAAGCCGGGCGGCGCGCAGCCCAGCUCGCUGCUGCUCAACAAGCAGAUAAUGAACAGCGAAGAGAACGCGGCGUCCAAGAAGGUGGUGACGUCGGGCGGGUACCUGAUCGUGGGCGCCAACGCGUCGGGCAACCCGUCGCUCGUGCUCAACUGAUCUGUGCUGCUCCUCGCCACCACGAGCGGCGACCAGCGAACUGGCAAUAAGCCAAGUGAUGUAAAUCAGUAAUAACUCGGUGUUGUGGCAUGUAUUGUGGACUUAAAGCGGUAUAUCCGGCAUUCUCUGCUACUCAAGCAGCUGCCUUGAUUUACAGUGUUCAUGCGAAUAAUUGGUAGGCUUAAUUCCGAAGGGUUUAGAUGAAUGUAUAGUUCGCUAGGCCGUGCCAGAGUUGACCGCUCGUGACUUCAUUAGAAUACUUUAACGAUAGUUUAAGACUGAUAUCCUCUUAAAUUUAUGUUGUAUUGUUCUUUUUUGGGUGGCAUUCAUCGGGCUUUCAGUGUCUGAUAAGAAAAUGUGUUCAUCCACAAGUUUUGUGAAACAAUGUUGCAUUUAGAGAUUACUUGGCAAUAAUGCGUUGUAAAUUUUUGGUCGUUAUCCUAUAGACGUUCGACGGUAAUAAAAUAACUUUAGCGAUUUUCUGUAUACUGUUGUACAUAUUGUAAAAAUUAUGUAACCAAGUUCACUUUUUGGAAGCAACAUGUGAUCAGUGAUAUAUAUCCGCAUAGGCGUAGGGAAAUAGUUAAGCUCGUACUGCCAGCAAGGGAAAACUCUUUCAUUGGUAUUUAAAUGGAUGUUGUGAUUUUAAAUUAUGUUCUAGUCUAGUUCUGACAUGAUAACGGAUACUAAAAUAAUGUAUGUUUUGGCUUCAUAUCAGACUGAAUCAUUUUAUCUAGAACAACAAUACAGGCUGAUAUUAUUCCAAAGUAUUAAUGUGGUCUCGAAUAUUGUACAAUGCCUUCUUCAUCAGGCUUACUUACCUAAACAAGUAUACAUAGAUGCAUGCAAAUCUUAUUGUUUUCAUUACCUACUCAUGUCUUUUUAAUUACAAUAAAUAAGUAAUGGAUACUGCAACUGACUAUCCAACUGAUAAUUUUAGUAUUGUAAAUAGUAUUUUUUUAUCAUUACAUUAUGUAGGGUAUGAAAUAUUUAGUUUCAAUAAAGACAGUCUCAAAAUAA